UUCCGUUUGUUAAACACUAGGUCUACAUAAUAAAAAAGAUAAAUAACUGCAACUGCAUGCGUUGUGACUUACGAAAUACAAACAAUUGAACUGUACUAAAUACAUAGAGUCUACAUCUAAUUAUCAUAAUGGAGGCAAGACUUCCCCAGAAAAAAUUCUACCGGCAGAGGGCUCACUGUAAUCCAAAUUCAGAUCACAAUUUGGAUUAUCCAGUGCGACCUGAAUUGAUGGAUUGGUCUCGUCUGUAUCCUGAACAUUUCCCACAGUUGGAGGAUAAAAUAGUAAAUGGGGAUGCAGUAGAUCACUUACCUAAACAAGUUGAGUUUGCUGAUGUAGGCUGCGGCUAUGGAGGAUUAUUAGUUGCCUUAUCUCCCUUGUUCCCCCAAACCCUUAUGCUGGGGAUGGAAAUAAGGGUCAAGGUCUGUGAAUAUGUCCAGAAGAGGAUAGAAGCAUUACGCCUUCAACACCCUGGCCAGUAUGACAACAUAGCCUGCCUGAGAUCCAACGCCAUGAAAUAUUUGCCAAAUUAUUUCAAAAAAGGACAGUUGACCAAGAUGUUCUUCCUCUUUCCUGAUCCACACUUCAAAAAAGCCAAACACAAGUGGAGGAUUGUCAAUCAAACUUUACUGGCUGAAUAUGCUUAUGUUCUCAGAGAUGGGGGUUUAGUCUAUACCAUCACUGAUGUGAAAGAUCUACAUGACUGGAUGGUUGACCACUUUACAAAUUUUCCUUUAUUCAGUCGAGUGGAAGAGAAUGAGUUGAGUGAUGACACAGUAGUCGAUAAAAUCUACAACAGUACAGAAGAAGGUCAAAAGGUCACAAGGAAUAAAGGACAGAAAUGGCUGGCUGUGUUUAGAAAGAUUCCUUACAUACCACAGUCUUGAUGGUAGCCUUAUAUAAUCUUGUUUGUAAGUCUGGGUAGUGACUGUGUUGGCUGGCUGUGUUUAAAAAUGUUCCUUAUGUACCACAGUCUUAUUGUGUAUGUCUGGGUAUGUGUGUGCUGACAUGUUAAGUGUAACAUCACAUUUUAAGAUUGUAAAUAUGAAUCAAAUCAAUACAAAACAUAUGAUACUGAAAGUUUAUUUUGUUUCUAUGAGAAAGAGAGAGAGAGAGAGCAUACAUGUGGAAUGACAGUCACAUUCAUUGUUAUACCCAAACAAACAAACAAAAGUGUGCCAUUGCAUAACAGAAACUAUUGCAGCUUUCAUUGGAGUUGAUCAGCACACACAGAUAUAUACAUAUACAUUGGUUGAAACAGACCAGAAAGUCCAAAUACUUCCAACUGUAAAAGCAAACUAGUCUAGCAUCGCCAAGUUUCAGUGUUGAAUUCAAAUGUUGAACAAAUCCAAAGUACACAGUUCAAAAUGUUUAUUUUAAAACAAGGAAUACAAAAUUUAAAGUCAAUACAAUAGUCAAAUUAUAUACUGGUAAAUAUAUCAUAUAUGUGUGGCCUAAAGCAAAACUAGAUCUGUGUUGACUAUGCCUAUCAAUAAUACAAGGCUAAUUGUAACACAUAAAAUGAAAAGGUAAAAAAAAUAAAUUAAAAAAAAACAAGCUGCAGAAAACAAUGUUGAGCCAAUAUAAUUUUCUAGGUACAGCAGGAAUUGAAUACAGCCUUAGUUUGAAUUGACCACAGCUAAAUAACACAAAACUAGAAUUGAAUAAAGCUUUAGUUUGAAUUGACCACAGCUAAAUAACACAAAACGAAUACAGCUUUAGUUUGAAUUGACCACAGCUAAAUAACACAAAACGAAUACAGCUUUAGUUUGAAUUGACCACAGCUAAAUAACAUAAAACACAUCAUCUCACCCAACUGGACAUAUGUAGCUGUGGUAUUGCGAGACAAAAACUAGUCACAUGGAAAUGUUCAAUUAAGACUUGCUAGUCUCAGUCCCUUUUAUUUCAUUAACAUUUUUUUUUUCAAGCUUUGAUUCAAAGGGAAGAAAAACAAAGGGCCAGAAUUGAAAAUGCUUAGAAAUAAGACACAAAAACUCUCCAAAAUCAUUGGGCAGGUGUUGUCAAGCUGUGUCACUUUUUACUUUGGUGGAUCUUGAGCUUGAAGCACAUGCCAAUCUUGUGCUUGAAGCACAUGCCAAUCUUGUGCUUGAAGCACAUGCCAAUCUUGAGCUUGAAGCACAUGCCAAUCUUGUGCUUGAAGCACAUGCCAAUCUUGUGCUUGAAGCACAUGCCAAUCUUGUGCUUGAAGCACAUGCCAAAUGUGUCCCAACACCAAACAGCCAUGUGCUCAAACACAAAUACAUUGGUCAUUAAAAAAAGGGGGGGAGGGGGAGGAUGUGUGGAAAUGUGCCACUGGCAAACUGAAUGCACAGGGUUCAAAUCUUAAUACCUUAACUCAGUGUGAGCAUUUCAGUGUUCCACCAGUUUUCCUGGAAACAUUUUGUUUUGAAUUUGAAAUACCAGUCCACACACACACACACACUAGGACCACACUUUUUGUAACAAAAGGAGAUAUAACUUUUUGGCUGAUAAUGAUAAAACAAUGGUAGCAGCUAAGUGCUAAUAAAAAAAAAAAACACAAUGACAAGAAAAUGCAGCUAC